AGCUCCUUGGCUGGCACACGUAGAAAAAGCCUUCCUCUCCUGCAUGCAGUCCUCAAAAUAGACGUCACCCCUCAUUGCUCAUUCCUCCUCUUCUUCUGCUCCGCGAGUACUCUGUCGUGCUAUUUAAUCACCAUCUAUUGUCCCAUAUUUGAGUAGCCUCCCUCCUCUCGGUACCCCGCAAUCCUCACCUCCUCUGCUUCUUCAACUUCGCUCCUCACACGACCAUCCGCGUCAUCAUGACUUUCCACAGCGAUCCCAAGCUUCUCUACUCAAUCGGCGGCAUCCGAGCCUACCACAUCCAGCAGGGCGAGGAAACAUCGCUCACGCCAUCCGGGGCCCAGACGCUGUCGCUGUUGAUGGUGCCUACAAACUCGCCCUUUGCAGACCUCAGCAACACGCGCGGCCAGAACGAAGCGCCUGAAGAAGACUUCUACCUCCACCUCAAUCUCCCUCCCGAGCUCGAUCUCCCUCUCCCCGCAACCACGCAGAUCUACCACCAGCCACCACGGAGCUACUUGAUUCCGCGGUGGGACCUGGGACCCGACAGCGGAGCCUUCACCCGAAUUGAGUUUCCCUCGAUAGGCAAGGGCCCGAACAGCGUUACUCAGGAAGAUGUCGAUACUUUUGAGACCAUUCUAGCACAGUGCACAGCGUUCCUUGAACGUGCACAGGCGCCACACUCGGAAAAGGGGGCGAAGGCAUACAACCCUGCCGACUACAAGCCCGGCGAGGGAUACAUUGGGUCCGAGCGACACGGCGAGAUUGUGCUCGUUAACGAGGACAACGGUAGCGUGGUAGGCGAGCUAGCGGAAGGCGCCAAUGUUGUCGAAGACCCGUCGUUGAAGCCUGGCUCGAAAAAUCCUGUUGAGAUAUUCGUUUCCCCAGACGGAAAGCGCAUCGAUGUACGACCUCUCUCCGAAGACUAUCUCCGUCUAGCCCGCCAUCCCGCAUAUAAAGACUCAAGCAUGGUACAAAACGCAGCCGCCGCCUCUCGACUUAUCGUGACGGGCUCCAGCUACGUCAGCAACAUGCUCGUCUCUGGUGCAGGCAGCUUUAUGCAGAAGACAACGCCGAACCAAACCCCAAUGGUCUUCAAGCCCACCACCCACGAACGAGUCCGCAAGAUUAAUACUCUUACCACUGGCGUUGCAGGCUUCUCCUCGAAAACGGUUGGUCAAGUGUCCAAAUAUGCCCAAAACAUCGGCGCGGGGCUGGCAGGUCGCAAGGCCAAGCAAUCGAAAAGCAUGAACCCGGACGGCACCCCGAGAGAGGAGUACAAGCCCGGCCUGCUCAACAAGUCUAUGAUUGCCUUCACCACUGUCGCCGACGGUAUCGCGCAGUCUGGUAAGAACUUGCUGACGCAUGGGGGUGCUGCGGCAAGUGCAGUCGUGGGGCACAAAUAUGGAGCAGAGGCGGGCAGUAUCGCUGCUGACCUCGCCGGAGGUGUCAAGAAUGUCGGUCUCGUUUAUAUUGAUGUGACCGGUGUGUCAAGACGAGCCGUCAUCAAGUCAGUAGCGAAGGGUAUGGUUGUAGGAAAGGUAAAAGGAGGCGGUGACAUUGUCGUCGGAGGUGGAGACGGCGGCGCCAUCACUCCAAGCGAGAUCCAACCGGGCGCGAAGAACAACAACGUUCCAACUAGCCAGACUACCGGACCUGCUGGCCAGAUCGGCUUCGGCAAUACGACACCUCCCAGCUAUUCCACUGGGGUUGGUGAGUCGCUCCAGGGACAACCUGCAUACUAUCCCCCAGAGAAGCGAUAAGGUGACCAUUUCAAUGAGGGUUUGCAGCAAACGAAUGGCAAUGCUAUGAUUGGGUUGAGGCAGUAAUAGUAGGGGAUUGGCAAAGGCGUUUGGUUGGGUAUUGUUUGUGAUAGACCAGGUCACGCCUCUGUCUUAAUUCACUAUUUGCUUUCUCAGCGAACACAUAUCCCUUCA